CACGUUAAUUACUGCUUAAAAAUUAAUUAAUCGUAAUUGAUCGCAAUUAAUCGCAAUUCAAACCAUCAAUAAAAUAUGCCAUAUUUUUCUGUAAAUUAUAUAUAUAUUCUGUAAAAUAAAUUUUGGAAUGGAAAGAUAAGACUCAAGAUGGAUAUAUACAUUCAACAUACAGUACAUAAGGACUGUAUUUGUUUAUUAUAACAAUAAAUCAACAAGAUGGCAUUAACAUUAUUAACAUUCUGUUACUUGUAGUUCUUAAAAGAUAAACGUUAGUACAAGUUAUAGAAAUUUUAUAUUAAAACCCCUCUUAAUGUUUUCGUUUUAAUAAAAUUUGUAAAAAUUUUCAAUCAAAAAAUAAGCUAGUAGCCCGCCAUUGUUGAUGUCAAUAAUUACUUACACAAUGCUCAUGGGUGCUGAAGCCUAUAAAAUCAAUCGCACCCAAGCGCCAGCAGAGGGCGGCCAAACUCCAUAACACACAGUUAACAAGUGGGCAUUUCACUCUACUGUCAUUUAAAUCUGUCUGAGCGGGACAUGUGCAUUAAUUGCGUCAAAUAUUUUAACGUGAUUAAUUUAAAAAAUUAAUUACCGCCCGUUAACGCGAUAAUUUUGACAGCCCUAAUAUAUAUUUUUUUUUCCGUCGUAAGUUGCUAGUCACAUGACCUGUUCGAAAAAUCCUUAAAAUCCGCUUAUGGCAGCCUGAACAUAAUGAAAGUAAUUCACUUAAUAAUGGUAGGGUCAAUUCUAUCCAUACAACAUAUAUAGAUAAUCUAAAUUGUCUUUCCAUAACUGAACUCGUAAUAUAAUGCCAAUAAGGUUGCUUAAAAGUGGUGCGUGGGGUCGUGUGAGAGUGUAUGAAUACAAACAUGGCAAAUAAGUAGGAUUAUUUUAUCAUGAUGGAGAGUGUUAUCUGUUUUUUUAUGUCAGAUGUUGCAAAUGUGUUUGCCUGCUUUUUGUUAGUAAAUUUAUAAAUGUGUGAGGGGGAAAGAAAAAAAAAAACUUCCUGCACUCGGCAAUGUCGCGCGCGCGCAUGUCGCAUUUGUCGCGCGCGCUCCCGUAUGUUUGUGAUGAGGAGGAGGCGGGAAAUGGCGUCCGCAGACAUGGCCGACCUGUGACUACUCGCCAGUGACUGACGCGACCGGGCUAGCAGCGAGCCACCGCUCCGACCUCUGGCGGGCGCAGUCGCGGCUUCCCCGGCUGCAGGGCCGAAAACCACCAUUUUAUAUUCUUCUAUGUGAUGCUGGAGCACAAUGCGGCUGAGAGCGCGUAAAGCUCCUCAGCAGCCCACCUUAGGCCGUCGAGCCACCACGUACAAGAGGAAACGCUGUGCGGUGGGGGCAACCCAGCUGAGAGCUCGAGGCAGAAUGCAAAAGAAUGACACGGGUCUGUUAUCCACCAUCAAGAAGUUCAUCCGUGGGGAUCCUGUCAAGGUGAAACCAUAUCUACCAGCCAAGAGAAGUCGCAUUGAUUGCAACGCUAAAAGUGAUCUCAUCACUUCGGCGGCACAAACGCAAGGCCUUGCCAACAAAACAAUCUCGAGAGUUUGUAGAAAGAACCUAGUUAAAGAUGCGAUAACGUGCAACAGCAAACCCUUGAAACCUAAUGGCAAACUGGAAGCUUCAGUGGAGACGGCGAGCAGUCCGCCACACACCACGCUGCUGGGAACCAUCCUCUCUCCUGUCUUCAACUUUUUUUCACCAACAACCAAAACUGCUACGCCAGGUUCCGACUCUCCCGGCCAAGCGGUGGAGGCGGAGGAGAUCAUGAAGCAGCUGGACAUAGAGCAAGCAGAGGAAAUGCCUAGUAGCACGCUGACGUCCUCUGAGGGCAUGGGCGCUUGUCACGGCGCCCCCCUGUUGUCCACCAGGCUGCAGAUGAGCGCCGACGCCACAGUACAGGACGGCGAGAUAGUAACUGAAAGCGACAUGCCCUCGUUAACGGCUCCACCUGGUUGUUUGCCAGAUGGCAGCUAUCCACACACGUUACCCUCCGCCCCCGCAGAGCCGUCGUACGAAGAAGACUGGGAGGUAUUCGAUCCAUACUUCUUCAUCAAGCACGUGCCACCAUUGACAGAAGAGCAGCUAACGCGCAAACCGGCGCUACCGUUAAAGACACGCAGCACGCCCGAGUUUUCGCUUGUCCUCGACUUGGACGAAACUCUAGUUCACUGUAGUUUGAACGAGCUGGAAGACGCGGCACUGACGUUCCCUGUACUUUUUCAAGAUGUAAUAUACCAAGUGUAUGUGCGAUUAAGGCCGUUUUUCCGAGAGUUCCUCGAGCGCAUGUCGCAAAUGUAUGAGAUUAUCCUAUUCACGGCAUCGAAGAAAGUGUAUGCCGACAAGUUGCUCAACAUCCUCGACCCCAAAAAGCAGCUGGUCAGGCACCGUUUGUUUCGCGAGCACUGCGUUUGCGUCCAAGGAAAUUAUAUUAAAGACCUCAACAUUUUGGGACGGGAUCUCUCCAAGACUAUAAUAAUCGACAACUCACCGCAAGCUUUUGCUUAUCAGCUGUCCAACGGGAUCCCAAUCGAGAGCUGGUUUGUUGAUCGCAAUGACAAUGAGCUUCUCAAGCUGGUUCCUUUCCUGGAGAAGCUGGUGGAGCUGAACGACGACGUCCGACCACACAUCCGAGAGCGCUUUCGCUUGCAUGACCUCUUGCCUUCAGACUGAGCAGCUGCUGUCUGUCAUUGGGAACGGCGCAGGAAAGAAAGAUUUAUUCAAUGGAUGGAUUUAUUCAAUGGAUACAUUGAAGUUGGGGGAAAAAAUGCAAAAAAAAGAAUGAAAAUGGAUGUUUUUACGCAGACACUCUAACAUGGCUGAACUGCUCGCUUCGUUAGUGUUUUGUCUGCCAUUUUGGAUCUCGACGGAACUGAAUGUGUUGGAUUCCUUUCACCCAGAACGGCCAGUUAAACUUGUAUUAUAGUCACUAUUUUCCUGUAAAUACAUGUACAGAUUGUUUUUUUUUUUAUGUUGAAAUUUUAGUAUAAAAAUUUAACUGUUUUUUAAGAAAAGUUUAGUUGAAGUAUUAGUGUUUUUGGUUGCAGUAUGCCUGCUUUACUUCUGUGAUGCUUUACUCCAUUACAUGCAGUUGUCUGUUUAAAAGGUGCGUUUUUUUAAAGUACUGUUUCUGAAACAACAUUUUAAGGUUCUGUAAUGUAAGCUAGACUUUAGACUUAACUGAAUACGAAGCCAUAAUGGCCAAGCCCUCAUUUUUGAGAUUUGUAUAUGCCACCAUUAGCGUCCAUGUUAAACAUUAUGAAGGGCUUUUGACAUCCAGCCCUUUUGUGGGAUUGUCAUUUUUUUUGUUAUGUAAACAGCUGUGUUGACUCCUCAGUUUGGGGGGGGGGGGUGAACACCAGCCAUUGCUUUGGAUUCCUGUUUUCUGGGACAUCUAUGUGGAAUAUUUCUGAUUUUGGUGUUCCAAAUAAGUUUUAUUGACUCUUGAAUGAUCAAUCAUGUUGUAUUCAGUGUUAUUCAAUGGUUUUCCAUGAAAAUAAAUAUGUUUUUAUAUGACUCAAGACUAGGCUUGCCACCCGUCCCUUGAAAUAUGGAACCGUUCCGUAAUUGGGAAUUAAAAGUUGCGUUCCGUAUCGAACCAAUACAGAAUGCAGUUUAUUCCGUAAUUCACAAUUGUCCCGGGCGACCCCGUUCGACCCGCGGCUCUGGCGUCGGGGAGGGGUUGGGCGGCGGUGCGCCCAGCCAAUGCACGUCUGUCACACACAAACACAUACCUGCGCUCAUGAGUGAACACUGAGCCAACAAAAAGGGCAGGUGAUCUCAAAGACCGCAAGAUGGUUAUCUGUCUGCCUAGCACUGCGCGCCACUUCCGGGUUCGUUGCCUAGUUACCUCGCUCGCUCUGCUCAGUGCACCGCCCCGCGCAUUUUCAAAUCAGAGAUGUCUCCAAAAGCAGACGCUCAGGAGUCAGGACACCCCACCUCAUCCUCAAAAGAGGAAACGUCUCCAAAAAAUGGAGUGGCUCGAUAUUCACUGAUUAUGAUUAUAAAAUGAACUGCAAGGCAGGCAGGAAAGUUUUUGCAGUGUCUCACGGAGGUGUGAAACAGCAUGCUGCAGGGGGUCUCCACAAACGGAAUAUAAGAUCCCAGAAGAGCCUUGGUCACAAUUCUUUGUACCUGAAAAAUCCCCUGAGCUUGAUUUGGUAUGUUAUUAUGCUCUUGUAUAUGGAUAACAUAUAGGCUAUAUUUAUAUUUACCUUCAUACAUCUUGCAUUGAUAGGAGCAUAGCUAGGCUAUUUCAGUUGCUACUAGGGUUGAUUAUUUUCAGGAAUGUUGAUUUUUUUUUUUUUUU